AUGCCACAGAACGAUCAUAUAGAACUGCACCGAAAAAGGUAUGGGUACCGGUUUGACUACUUUGAAAGAGUAAGAAAGAAGGAGGCGAGAAGUGUCCAUAAGGAAUCUUUAAAAGCUAAAAAACUGAGAGGAAUUAAGGCAAAAAUUUAUAAUAAGAAGAAAUAUGCAGAGAAAGUAAAUUUUAAAAAAACGAUAAAACAGCAUGAAGCAAAAGAUGUGAAGGUUGCUGAAAAAGUUCGAGACGAUAAUGGUUUACCGUCUUAUUUGUUAGAUAGAAAUCAAGUUAGGUAUACAAAAGUGUUAACCAAUUUACUAAAACAGAAGAGAAAAAGUAAAGCAGGGAAAUGGCAAUUGCCAGUACCAAAAAUUCAAGCAUUAAAUGAAGCUGAGAUGUUACGGGUUGUAAAAUCAGGUAAAAGAAGAAGAAAAACAUGGAAAAGAUUAAUUGAUAAAAUAUCAUUUGUAGGAAAAGAUUUUACUCGAAAAAACCCCAAAUUUGAAAGGUAUAUAAGACCAAGUAGUUUAAGAUUUAAAAGAGCUAAUGUUUAUCAUAGUGAGUUAAAAACCACUAUUUCGCUAGACAUCAUUAGUGUUAAGGUUAACCCUCAAUCAAGUUUAUACACCAACUUAGGAAUAAUAACAAAAGGAACAAUAAUUGAAGUCAAUGUUAGUGAAUUGGGACUAGUUACACAGUCUGGUAAGGUCAUAUGGGCAAAAUUUGCGCAGGUAACCAACAACCCCGAGCUUGAUGGAUGCAUAAACGCAACACUACUCGUUUAG